CAAUCACGCGGCCUGCACGUGACCUCCCUAACCUCGCUCCCUAGUCCUGCCCUCGCCUUCUCUUCCCGUCUUCCGCAAGGCGGCGGCAGUUCCUUCCCUCCCCGUAUGUUUGAGGGAGGGAGGUAGGGAGGGACGGAGGGAGCUGUGUAGCCAAUAGCCAUGGCGUGGGAGGAGGAGGCCGUGGAGGAGGAGGAAUACGGGGAGGAGAUGGCGGCGUCGGAGUCGGAGGCGGAGGAUGUUGUGGUGGGGCAGAUGCCGACGGUGAUGGUGCCGAAGCACAUCAAUAAGCGUUCCCUCAAGAACAAGGCGCUAUCCGUCACCCUCGACAAGAAAGCCCUCAAGGAUUUCGUGACUGGGUUCCACAAGAGGAAGAAGAAGAGAAGAAAGGAAGCACAGAAGGUUUUGCAGGAGAAGGAGAGGAAGAAGAGAAUCGAGGAGCGCAAGAGGAGAAAACAAGAGAAAGAGAUUGCUCUAUAUGGUAGAGUACUGUCAUCAGAUGAUGCUGGAUUAGAAAAUGAGGAUAUUGGCGAUGAUGGUGAGGAGAUAAAUGAUGAAUCUUUGUCUGUUUGCACAUCCUGCUUCUCACGCACCGCAUUCUUCCUCCUGCUCUUUCGUUGUCAACAUGCGCCAACUUGGAUCACAUCCAUGUCGACAGCAUACCACAACACAUGCAUCUGGGCGGUGAUUCCUGUUCUCAGGCAUCAGGUUGGCCAUGAUUCCUAAGAGGGCGGUGUGGCCGUCCAGGAUGAAGAGUAGUGACAGCGAUGAUGAACUGGGAGCAGGUUGUGGACUGGAGCAGCCGAGCCCUUGGCAGCUUGAUUUUGUGAAGGGAGAGGAUUUUGAGGCAGCGAUGUUAGCAAUCUUGCCUGAUUUGAACCAGGCAGAAGAGUAUCGACUGGAUCUAGGCUCAAUGCAGUUGUGUUGGGAGGCGUGCUUCGGGCGGAAGGCAGCAUGGGGUGUGGCAUUGGAAUGAGGUCUAACCACAGAAGUAAGCACCUCUCCUCACUAAUUAGUUAGUAGGUGGAGAAGAUCAAUUGUUUCAACUGGAAGAAAGAUGGGUGGACGGAUGGAAAGCGUGACAGUGGUAAUUUCCAUAUUUCGAGAAAAAAAGAGUGGUAAUUUUCUUAACGGUGUGAACUUUCCCUGGUAUUGAAGUGCACCAGAUCAGUUCAGUGGUAUAUUUCUAAAACUAGGAUUUUUCGGUGUCAUGGAACCAAUUUUUCC